CAAACACCGACGUAUCGCGACGAACGCACAAACUGUCUGGUGACCGAGUCACGUUCGUGUCCCAUAGAUGAUUUAUGCGAAGGACUGACUCGCAGGAUUCUCGGUGAUGUUGGCCGGGCAGUUAUGCGGCAGGCAGGCAGGCGUGAAAUGAAGCUUCGAAUUCGAGAAGCGCGGUGGUGGUGUUCGACUUACUCGGUGGACACAGUAGUUGUAGGAGGGCUCGAAGCGAACGUCCGAGUUUCUUUAUGGAGCAAUCUGAGACCGCAGAGACGAACGUUCCAGUUUCGAGAGGACGUCCAUCAAAGGGUUCCAAAUAAUUACCGCCUGCGCAGCUCCGAAAAGCCCAGGGCUUACGAUGAGUGGAGAAACUUGCGAGACAGUCGACGCCAAUGGAAAGAUCAUCCUCUAAUGUAUUUACACGGGGUGGAGAGGGAUGUCCAUGGGGUGAAAGAUUUGUCACCCUGGACACUUUCGCGCUGCACGAGAGCCCCGAAGUACACGGUCGAAAGAGCCGAUUGUCAUCAGGAAAAUCUUACGCUCAUGCCGGACACCAAGGAAAUGAGAAUGGAAGUUAUUAUGUUACGGAACAGAGGGAGGCGCUUUGACGGCCUACCGUUGUUAAAGUUAUCUGCGAGCGAAAAGAAUGUUACGUCUAAAUUACGUUACAUUCGUGGUACCCACGAAUUACACCUCGCGAUUCUUACGUUUUACGUUGAAAGGGUUUCCAAUGCAUUUUCACGUACUACACGUGCGUACGCUUUGUCACUAAACCCCGCAAUGACCUCCAUGAAAAUAUUCGACUUUGUGUCUUGCACGACCAGAGAAGCGAAU